AUGGCGGACCAAGAUUCCUCAUCACUUAGUUCUUUCACCAUGGACGACAACCAGAGCAUCAUGGACGACGUCCAGGACGACAUGGACGACGGCCGGGACGAUGCGGAGGACGGCCUGGGCACACCAGAUGAUUUGCGCCAGGAUAGGCAAGACCAGCAGAGAGAUGCAGCUCCCCAGGGAGCUGGUGCGGACCAAGAAAUACAGGAAUCGGCGCAUCACGACGGGAAUCAUUCGCACCAAAGUACCCCGUACUACAGUCAGCCCACGCCCAGUAUCUUCCUAGAUGCAGCCCCGACGCCUAUUGAUGAACAGGCUCAGAAGCUGGAUGAGAGGCAGGCCGUCAUAGACAAGAUGCAGAAGGAACUGGACCGUCAACGCAUGCAAGUCGCUGCCCAAAACGUGCCCAACAUGGUGCGGAGUCUCGAAGCCGUGAGCAACGAACUGAAUCGAUCACAAAACGUCCUGAUGGGCGGACCGAGUCUGCGCAUAAACGCCGUCACACAAGCCUCGCAGUCCCUUCGGGGAGAAGAUGCAGAAAAAGCUGCCAUGAUGUACCGCUUGGGUGUCGCAUGCAAUGACAUUGAAAAGCUGAUACAGAAGCUUCGCGAAAUACAACUAGCAGCUUCGUCUGAAGCACAAGACAGCGCCCUCUCUGUGGCCCUUCAGACGUCUCAAGACGCCGGUACUGGUACCGAAGGAAACGGGCCUACGGGCUUGACCGGUCGGUUCAACUCUUGUCGCUUUGGAGACAAUGCCGGGACUUUCUCCGGCACGAUGAAUGCGGGCAUUGGGAUCCCAGGGUUGGGUGCAGGGAACGUCUCUCAGUUUGGGAGGAACUUUGUUGUCCAGGAGACUCCGGGCAUGGGAAAUGGGGACAUGAACACUGUGCAGCUUGAGAAUCUCAUGCACUUUGACCAAUAUUCUGCGGAUCAUGGAAACGGUUUACAGAUGUGA